GCGGCGGUAGGGGGAAAGAACCAAGAACCAAAAGUCGGUGGUAGAAGAGGGGGAGGAAAAAUAAAUCAUCAUGCCUAAUCCGUGAAAGGUGCAUAUUUUGCAUCGCCACGCCGUGCAUUGUUCACGCUGUGGGCGCAGAGGCCGACUGAGGGUAAUACCUCAUUGGCUGGUGUGACCCCUGCAGGCCCACCAUCUCCCAGGGUGGGACCUGAAAGGCUGGAUCUGCACAGAUGGCUCUUGGGGAGACGAUGGCUCCCCUGUCUCCCCCCAGCUGAAGAGCUAAGCCCCCACCUCCCUUACAUCACUGUUCAUCGCUUUGUUGUGAACUGUGAUUCCCUUCAACUGAUUUGCUUUAUAGUACUAUGGCAAUGCAUGAUAUGAGUCGUGCCAAGGGUUUCCCCUGUAAAGAAUGUGAUAUGGUUUGUCCGAGUACUCCAAGUCUUCUAGAGCAUAUGAAAGCACAUUAUCAGCAGGAAGAGACAGGAAGAUUUGAGUGUGAACAGUGUGGCAGAAUUUACAAGCAUGCAGCGAGUCUAGCAAAUCAUAAAAAAUCUCAUGAAGUAGGAUCCUUCCAGUGUCCUGUUUGUACUCGUACCCUCCCUAACGCAGUAGCGUUGAAGAACCACCUUCGUAUCCAUACUUUGUCCCCUAGUAGUGCACACGCAGAAGAAGAGAGUGAGGAAGUACCUGAAGAAGCAGCCCACGACGAGAGGGACUAUAACCUCGCCCAAGAACUCUCUGAGGGGUUUGGGCGCUCUCAUUUGAACAAUAGUGGUAUGGGACAUAGUGUCCUACAAAGCCACGAGACAGACGACGGAAAAAAAGGCUCCCCUGAAUCAGACGACGCUUGGGACAGACCGUUCAAGUGCGAUCAGUGUGACAGAACCUACCGGCAUCACGGUAGCCUGGUGAACCACAAAAAGUGUCACCAGCAAGGAACUUUUAAGUGCUCGGUGUGUUUUAAACAAUAUAGCAACCUGGCUGCCCUAAAUAGUCACGAGAGAACUCAUUCGAAGUUCAAGCCCCCCGGUGCAUCCAUGGUGAGCAGCAGCAGUAGCAGCAGCCUCCAUGACUCGGAGCGCAGCAGUGGUGCCCAGUCAUCCCAGAGCGAUGACACGGCAUCCUGUUUCUGCCACUUGUGCCAGAUAGCUUUGCCAAACAAAGCAGACUUUCAGGAGCACAUCCUGUUGCACAACACAUCCUCUCCUUCCCUAGGACUGCCACGCAGCUUCCCUGGCAUCAUGCCUCACAAUCUAAGUGCAGUUCGAUCCCCAGCGUACACUCCUACCCUUGGGGACCCUUUGCCCCUUCCACCCCUGCCCACUGAGAAAAGAGGUCCCUAUGAUCCAAUAAUGGGUCCACCGGUCAACAAUCCCAUCUAUACAUGUGCAUAUUGUGGCGCAGGACACCCAGAUUUGGAAACAUUGAAAGUCCACUAUCUGACUCAUGAUCCCCACCCUGCCUCCCAUAGCCAGGACAACUCCAUCCUCAACUCAGACACAAUGAGCUCUGGAUCACAGGGUUCUGUGUCUUCGCCCUCAGGAGGCCGUGUGCCCCAGGCCAAUUCUCCAGAUGAUGGAGAGCGGCGGUUUAAAUGUGGGGAAUGUGGUAAAAGCUACCGCCAUGCGGGAAGCUUAGUCAACCACAAACGCUGCCAUCAGACAGGCCAUUAUCAGUGUACCAUUUGCUGUAAGCAGUACCCCCACUUGGCAGCGCUACACAGUCACCUAAGAAGUCACAAGGGGCGUAGCUCCAACCAGCCUUUAAGUAAUGACAGCAAUGACUGGCUGUCCCCAGAGCCUCUAACCCUGGAUUCCCAGCAGAGCUAUGUCCAGGAAGGCAGUGGUGCAACAACUCCCAUAUCACUGCCAGGAAAUCUAGGUGAUGCUGCCCAUUUUGUACCAGACGCAGGCCAUAGUAGUGGCCUGGACUCACUUGAGUUCCACGAUCGCUUCGAUGGCAGCUCACUUUCCCAGAGCAACUCGGCCCACCGUCAGGCAGACAGACAUGUAUGUGCAGACUGUGGUGAAAUGUAUGGAGAUGUUUCUGGUAUCAAGUCCCACAUGUGUCCCCGUCGUGGCCAGCAGCAGCAACAACAGCAGCAGCCACAGCCGCCACCACCACAGCAGCAGGGCAACAUGUCAAACGGCUUCAUGGGGAACAUGAACUACCACAGCACAAGUGGGACGCCACUGCCUGCUGGCAGCACUAGCAAUCUAAAAGAAGGAAACGGCCAACGGCAGUACUCCCAAACUGGAGGCAAAAGAAUGGGGAACAAUGAUAAAGAGGACGAUGAUGAUGGAGAAGUGUAUCAGUGCUCUGUUUGUGGCAACCACUAUGCCAGUCUCAGAGCCCUCAGGAGCCACCUGCGUAGCCAUGCCAAUAACCCAACAGGGCCAGGACCUUCUAAUCUGGAGCAGGAAUGGAGGAUGAUCUGCUCCACCUGCGGACAGAGCUUUGCUAGAAAGCAGGACCUCCUGAAUCACCAGCUUAUCCAUGGCCCUCAAAGACCAGACGGACAGCAGCCUGGUAUUGCAGGCAGUUCAGCUAACGGCAAUGAAAAAAUGGACGGUCCUCGGAACCACAUAUGCGUUGAUUGUGGUAUGUUUUUUGCUGACCGUCACCACCUGAUCACCCAUCUUUGCCCUGGUAAGAAUCGGGGUAACUCGAUGAACAAGCCGGGCCUUAAUGGAUCCAAAGGGAUUUCUGGAGAUGGUGUAGCUGGAGGAAGUCGGGAUGUUGGUGGAGAUGCACGUAGGCCUAUGGUUGACCAAAGUGACAAGCCACACAAGUGUGACCAAUGUGGACGAGGCUACAGACACCCCUGCUCACUCCUUAACCACAAGAAGUCCCAUAAGACUGGUGUCUUCCGUUGUUUGGUGUGCCAGAAACGCUACUACAACCUCUUGGCUCUCAAGAACCACCAAAGGACCCACUUUGAUCUAAAAAGGCACAAGUGUGAAGAAUGUGGCAAGGCUUUCAAGAUCCAAAAGCAGCUGAUCAACCACCUCCGUCUCCACGAGGAGCAUCGAGCCAAAGGUCUUGUCAGGACUGGCCCUAAUGGUUCCCGCUUCCAACAGCCUGGCCCCUCACAGUUGCAAACUCUUAGGGCAGAGUCAUCAAAGGGCCAGGGAAUGGGUGUAAAAUACAACCCUCAAGGGUUCAAAAAGCCCUACUCUUCAGCAGGAACUUCCAGACCUCAGAAGUUUGACCCAGCUGAAAGUGGACGGCGGCCUUUUUCCUGCGAGGAAUGUGGGAAAACAUAUCGCCACGCAGGCAGUUUAGCCAACCACAAAAACCUUCACAAAAUUGGGGAAUAUCACUGUAAUGUCUGCAACUCAACAUACCCCAACAGAUUGGCAAUGAAAAAUCACCUACGUCUCCACUUCGCCCAGAAGAAGCACAACUGCCAAGAGUGCGGAAAGGGCUUUCGUACUCAGAGACAGCUAGCUACCCACACUACAGCAGGCCUUUGCAAGGGUCCGCAGGGCCCAGGGGCUCAGAUGGACUUUGAAUGCGAUGGCUGCUGUGAAGGCUUUUCCACAGCUGACGAGCUUGCAGCCCACGACUGCCCUGCCCAGCACUUGCCUUCGUCCUCCUCCACCAGCAGCUCCACCAACAUCAGCAUGGAGAGAAACUCAGUGGACAUGGACUCUGAUGAGAGACCCUAUGCCUGUGAUCUUUGCAGUUGUGCCUACAAACAUGCAAGCUCCUUGCUAAACCACAAGCACACCCACAAGACGGGCAACUUCCGGUGCAACUUUUGUGACAAGCCCUACACCAACUACAUGGCACUACGCAACCACAUGCGUAUCCACACGCAGCGGAAGAAGCACAUCUGCCACACUUGUGGGAAAGCCUUCCGUCUAGCCAGGUUCCUCCGUAACCACCAGAAGGUCCAUGAGGAAGGGGCUACUCCCUUCGGCUGCCCCACCUGUGGCAAGAGUUUCCAGGGGAGAUCCGGUCUGGCAAGGCACCGCUGCGGGGACAACCAGGUAGGCAUGGAAGUCAGGAGGAAGGCCACUGCACCCACGGGAGAGGGCGAAGAGUGUCGGUACACAUGUGAUCAAUGCGGCCGCUCCUACCGCCAUGCCAGCUCCCUCCUUAACCACAAGAACACCCACACUGUCGGCAUCUACCACUGUGCCGUGUGCCUCAAGACCUACUCCAACCUUCUUGCCCUGAAGAACCACCGCCGUAUCCACUCAGAGACGCGGCGCCACCGUUGCCACGACUGCGGCAAGGCCUUCCGUGUUUCCUCCCAGCUCUACAACCACCGACGUGUCCACCAGAAGCAGCGGGAGCUGACCUGCCGGUCCUGUCAGCGAGCCUUCCCAACGCACGCCAGUUUCAGGCUCCACAUGGAGAUCACGCAUGGUCAGACGCCACAGCCCCGCCAGCCCAGACCCCAGCAGCCCCGACCAGGGGGCUCCCAGGAGCUGGGCUGGGGAUCUGGCUUGGACCUCACCUUAAUGCAAGAGCAAGGACUCAACCCUGGUAGCAUGACCAAAGCCCGCAGCCGAGAGGGCAACGGUGAGGUUGUCAAGUCGCAUGUCUGCGACCAGUGUGGACGCUCGUACCGCCACGCCAGCUCCCUGCUCAACCACAAGAACAGUCACAAAACUGGGACCUACUUUUGUAACUCCUGCCAGAAGGAGUUCCCCAAUCUAAUGUCUCUCAAGAACCACAGACGUAUCCACACCGAGCCCAAACGCUACCAGUGCCCUGACUGCGGCAAGUCGUUCCGGGUGUCCACCCAGCUCAUCUGCCAUCGUCGCAUCCACACCAAGGAGAAACCGUUCUCCUGCCAGCAGUGCGACAAACGCUUCUCGUCCAAGUCCAACCUGAGGCACCACAUGAAGGUGCACUGGAGCUCCACGGCGCCCCCUCCCAUGGCCAUGGGUGCGCCCAACUUCCUGGGUAUGCCUGGUGGCCCCUUCAUAUGAGU